AUUCAGAAGCGUUAUGACAUGAUUGAUAAGGAAACGCCAACGCAUACUGAUCGACAGAUAGAGGUGGAUAUACCGAGAUGUCAUCAAUAUAGCGAAUUACUGUCGUCUGGUGCCGGGCACGAACGACUGCAAAGAUUGCUAAAGGCGUGGGUCAGAAAUAAUCCACAUUACGUCUAUUGGCAAGGGCUCGAUUCACUAACAGCACCGUUCCUUUAUCUAAAUUUUAAUAACGAAGCUCGAGCUUUCGCGUGUUUGUCGGCCUUCAUACCGAAAUAUCUUCAUAAGUUCUUCCUGAAAGACAACUCAGCGGUGAUACAGGAAUACCUGGGCAAGUUCUCCCAAAUCAUUGCGUUCCACGAUCCUCAAUUGGCGAAUCAUCUAAAGUCCAUAAACUUUGUACCGGAACUCUUCGCAAUACCAUGGUUCCUAACAAUGUUUUCACAUGUAUUUCCGUUACAUAAGAUAUUGCAUCUAUGGGAUAAACUACUGCUAGGAGACUCAUCGUUUCCUCUCUUGGUUGGAUUAGCGAUAUUGAAACAACUACGAGACCCCUUACUAAUGUCAGGUUUCAACGAGUGUAUUCUCCUGUUUUCUGAUCUGCCCGAGAUUGACAUAGAAUUAUGCGUUAAGGAUUCCAUGACAAUGUAUCAAAACACACCCGCUAGUAUUACGUACAGAAAACACCAAUAUAAUACAGCCAAGGAUGCAAACUGGAUUGAACCCGAAGCGGGAACCGAAAAAAUGCCAAGGAUAAGUGUAGACGACUUUUUAAACCUCUAUAACAGCUCGCCGAACAAAGUCAUAGUGGUUGAUGUACGCAGUAAUAUACAAUUUGAGAGAGGUGCUAUUCUCGGGAGUAUUAACAUUCCAUUCACAAGUGUGCAAUUAUCUCAAACUCACGUCGACACACUCGGACCGCACGCAAAACCGUUGAUAGAUAAUAAAAGCAGUGUCGUUGUGAUUAUUGGACCACACGAUCAAAACAAUGCAUUGUUUGCAGACUUUCUGGUAAAAUGCAAUGUCGUGGGAGUCUGUUCUUUACAAGGUGGAAUUAACGCGUUACGCUCCAAGUCUCCGAAUAUCAUAGUACCUGCACGCUAAUUGAAUUACGUAAUUGAAUAACUAUACAUAUAAUACUCAGUAGAUUUAUUCAUCGAUACAGUAAAGCUAAUGUUAUAUGACCUGUAAAACAUGUUUAACGAUCUUGUAUAAUUUUGUUAUAAAAGGUUUUAUUGUA